AUGGACGGGUUUCCUCCUCCCAACUUGGCUGUAAAGCCGACAUAUGUGCAACAUCCGCAUCAUGGCAGCGUUCAAAAAUACGAGCUCGAGAUAGCGCAGCAUCCAAUCAGAGCACGUAUGUGUGGGUUCGGCGAGAAAGACAGGCGGCCGCUGGAUCCACCGCCAGUAGUGCGACUGCGAGUGCGCGACGACAACGGUGAAUUCAUGCAAAGCGAGGAAGUUGACAUCUGGAGGUUUGUUGUCUCGGCGACGCUCUGGGCGCCACACGCCAACAGUGACCGCAGUAUUGUCAUCAACCCAAACACGCUCCCCGGGCCCGUGCCCAUGUACCAGCCAUCGUCGUCUGCGCAACCUGGUGGGCACAACCGUGUCCAAUGCGUACUUGCUAAGGACGAAUACGACGUGCUCAGCAUCUUUUUUAUAUUCCACGAUUUGUCAGUGAGGACCGAGGGCCAGUUCCGGCUCAAAUUCCAGUUUACAGUCAUUCCGUCGGAAGAGGAACCGCUGGCUUUUGUCGAGUCCGUUGCCUGGAGCAGUGUAUUUGAGGUGUACUCGGCAAAGACCUUCCCGGGCAUGACCGACUCGACCGAGCUUUCGAGAGCUUUUGCCACGCAGGGCAUCAAGAUCACCAUUCGGAAAAAUAGCCGCGGGCGGCCUUACCACAGCCGCGCAGGCGGUCACCUCGAGGAAGAUGGCUACCAGGACGAUGACGACUUGGACAAUGAGCACGAUGGCGAUAUGGAGUAUGGCGUCGGCGUCGGCGGCUAUUUGAACUACCGGUGAACAUUCAGUUUAAUUCAAUAUUAGUAUGCGCGCCUCUUUUUAAUUUACCCAAAAACUUCCGGCCCCGCGUGCUCUCUAAUUAUAAUGCGGCAAGCAA